AUGAAUUUUAUGGUGUGCCUCCUUGUCCUUGCUGCAGGCGCCGUUUCUGCGGUCGAUCCCCACAAACGCGGCCUAGAUGACGAGCUGAUCUACGAAGCUGAAGGUGAUGGAAAAGCAGAAGAGAGCCACGACCUGACCGCAACGAGCUACAUCUCAGGUACUUUUGGCAGCCCUCACAAGAAUGUGAAGACAGUUGUCCUCACUAAGGAGAUCAAGGUCCCUGUUCCUCAGCCAUACCCAGUCACUGUUGAGAAGAACGUGCCCUACCCUGUCAAGGUACCUGUGGAAGUUAAGGUGGAGAAACCCGUCCCCGUGCCUGUUGAGAAACCUUAUCCUGUUUACGUAGAAAAGAAAGUGCCUUACCCAGUGGAAAAACACGUCCCAUACGCUGUAGAGGUUCCUGUCAAGGUGCCUGUCCCUGUUCCUCAUGCAGUGCAUGUUCCGAGGCCAUAUCCUGUUCACGUCCCUAAACCCGUUCUCGUCCCUCACCCCGUCUACUUCGAGAAGAAAGUCCCGGUAUACAUCAAGAAGGAAGAGAACAGUGGGGAGUCGGAGAGCGCUGAGAGCUACAGCAGCUUCAGUGCCGGGGAAGAGCACUACUGA